CGACAUCGUUGAGAUGCCUAGAAUCUUAUCUCUAAGACCAUGUUUAUCGGGGUUAACUAAACCCAUAUCUUGGUUAAUUGAUGAUUAAAAAUAAAUAAAAAAUAAGAAGAAAGAGCAAGAGACGUGGGUUUUGUUGUCUGGUGAAGGCACGCCUCUUGGUGGACGCGUGUCAACAUUUGAGAAGGUGACGGUUUGGUUACGCGUAAACCGCGUCUCAAACUUGUGUUUCUCUCUCUCUCUCUCUCGAAAGCUCUCUACUCGGCGAUAUGGAAGGCGAUUUGAUCGAUUAUGCAUGUGAUUGAGCCUCGACGGCGCCGUAGCUCUUCCAUGUUGAUUCUCGUCAUCUGUCUCUCGGUGGUUCUCUUCGACGGCGCCGGAACUCUUCCGCGGUGCCUCGGCUCAAAUCGAAAGGUAAUCUGGUUCUUAUUGUUUGAUGCAUGUGAUUGAUUGUUCAACUGGUUCGGUUCUUAUUGUUCUGAUCGAAAUUUGGUUCUUAUUGUUCUGAUCGAAAUUUCAUGUUUUUAUUUUUGUUUGUUCGGUUCGAUUUGGCGAGGGAGCUCUCCUCCAUAGCGAUGAAGCUGUCUCUCGGUGGCGACAGAGCUCUUUCACGGUGGCUCUCCUCGAUCAAAGGCUGCGUGGAUCCAAUGUAGAAGAGGAAGGAACCUCAAAGCAAAAGAGUGCAAAGCAGAGAAUACAGACAGAAGAGAGGACAGUAGAGUCACGGACAGCAGAGUAGAGUCACGGACAGUAGAGUCACGGACAGCAGAGUAGGGAAAAAGACAAGAGGGAAAAAGACAAGUGAGAGUAGAGACAGUAGAGUAGAGAGUUCACGAGACAUGUAUUAUUACACAUAUUGCUUCACUCAAAGUCUAUAAAUGAAUGUAUCAAGAUCAAACUUCUAUAUCUCUCAAGUGUACUAAUUUUCUCUAAUAACAAGUUUAUAAAUUCUCUUUAAUAACAAGUUUAUAAAUUCUCUUUAAUCACUUUUAUAUCAUCACUUUCAUAUUCUCACUUUCUCUCACUUUCAUAUCAUCACUUUCAAAUUCUCUUUAAAUUUUCUAUUAUCUCUUUUUAAUAAGAAUCAUCAUCUUUUUUAAUGGCUUCUUCUUCUCAAAAUAAUUUUGAUGAAGCUUUUGAUGAUGCUUUUGAAGAUACUUUUGAUGAAGCUUUUGAUGAUGGUUUUGAUCAAGCCUUUGAGCAUUUAACCAUUCAUCUUGAUCAAGAAGAACGAAGACAAAAAAGAAAAAAACGAGCUUAUAUUGAAAGACAUCGUGAAGAAGGACAUAUUCGUUUAUGGAACGAUUAUUUCAGUGAAACUCCAACAUAUCUUCCUAAUUUAUUCCGACGACGUUUUAGAAUGAACAAGUCAUUGUUCAUGCACAUUGUUGAUCGACUCUCCAAUGAAGUUCAAUAUUUUCGGGAAACACAUGAUGCUCUCGGAAGGAAAAGUCUCUCUCCACUACAAAAGUGUACCGCCGCCAUUCGUGUCUUGGCGUAUGGUUCUGCAGCUGAUACCGUCGACGAAUACCUCCGGCUCGGUUCGUCAACAACUCGGUUAUGUGUUGAAAACUUUGUGGAUGGAAUAAUAAAUUUGUUCGGCGAAGAGUACUUAAGAAGACCAACAGAGGCUGAUCUUCAACGUCUACUUUAUGUUGCAGAGUGUCGUGGGUUUCCGGGGAUGAUAGGAAGCAUCGAUUGUAUACAUUGGGAGUGGAAGAAUUGUCCCAGUGCUUGGAAAGGGCAAUAUGCUCGUGGUUCGGGUAAACCAACAAUUGUUUUAGAGGCAGUUGCUUCAUUCGAUCUCUGGAUAUGGCAUGCGUUUUUUGGACUUCCAGGUACAUUAAAUGAUAUCAAUGUUCUUGAUCGUUCACCGGUUUUUGAUGACAUAAUAAACGGGCAAGCUCCGAAUGUUACUUUCUAUGUCAAUGGAAGGCAAUAUGAUAUGGCUUACUAUCUUACCGAUGGUAUAUAUCCGAAAUGGGCAACUUUUAUCCAAUCUAUUCCUCUACCACAAGGACCCAAAGCAGUUCUAUUUGCUCAAUGGCAAGAAGCUUACCGAAAAGAUGUCGAGCGUGCUUUUGGAGUCUUGCAAGCUCGUUUUGCCAUUGUUAAAAAUCCAGUCUUGUUUUGGGAUAGAGUCAAAAUUGGAAAGAUAAUGCGAGCAUGUAUCAUACUCCACAAUAUGAUAGUACAAGACGAACGAGAUGGAUACACUCCACAAGAUGAUUCAGAGUGGAGAGAAAGAGAAGACCCCGAUGACACGUUUUCUACAGCCCCUUCAACUGUCGGAACAAUGAUUAAUGUUGAAAUAACAAUUCGUGAUAGACAGUUGCAUCAACGACUCAAAGAUGAUUUGGUUCAACAUAUAUGGCGUAGAUGUGGACGUGAUGAAGGCAACAACUGAUCUCCGAAGUUUCUUUCAAAUAAAUCUCGUUGAAUUUUAUUAAUCUUUGUUUUAUGUUUUUUUUUAAAUUAUGUUUUAAAUGUUAUCUUUUAUUAUGUUUAAUAUUUAAUAAAAAAAAUAUUAAUAAAAAAGUUUAAUAUUAUUUUAUUUUUAAAGAAACUCAAAUCAAGAAACUAGCAAUGGAGACAUCAAAAUAUCAAGUUUCUUUGUUCAAUCUCUUCAACACAUUUAU